CUCGUGGAUCUCACGCGACACUGAAAACCGAACAAAAACGAAAUAAUAAAUAAAUAAAUAAAAUAAAAUAAAAAAGCACCACUGGCACGUGACGAAGCGCCUCGCGCUGGAAUCUCCAUGGUGACGUGAUACUUGGCGUGCAGCAGCGUAGCGCUCUUCACAUUAACGGACCGGUGGCAUCGGCGGCGGCGGCGCGCGCGGUGGCAGUGAUGGUGAUGGUGAUGGUGAUGAUGAUGAUGGUGAUGGUGAUGAUGAUGAUGGUGAUGGAUGGAUGGUCACCUCUCGCUUCCUGAUUUCCUUCUCAAGACGGAUUAGAGAAUUGCGUCAGAGAGCAUAAGACACGAUUUUUUAAAAGUCGUGCUGAUUUUGUAAUUUGUGCGUGACUUCGAAAAAAGGAGAGAGAGAGAGAGAGAGAGAGAGAGAGAGAGAGAGAGAGAGAGAGAAAGUGUAUCCAUCCGGGCGCGCGGUAAAUGUGGCCCCUUCCCGCCGGAGAGAGGCGAGGACGCACUGGGUGACGGAUCCACUGGAAACCCCGCGGCACAGAAACCCGUUUUAAUUGUUUUUAUUUGUUUUUUUCUUUCCUCCACCCGCCCUGUGGAUCUUUCUCUCCCGGUCUGGAUGGCUGCUGCUCUUCGUCUCCGCGCGUCCUAGAGUGUUAAAAAAAAAAAAAACGCUGGAGAAUUUAAUUUAAUUUCUUUCUUUUUUUUUUGCGCCAUGGCUUCACACGGCUUUUGGUCUCUGGGCGCAGAAAACGGUGGAGAGAGCGGCGGCCAAAGCCCGGUCACGGCCAGGGCUUGGUGCCAAGCGGCGGCCCAGAAAUUCACCGGAGGCAUCGGAUCCAAAUUAUGUGCUCUGCUGAACGUGGGAGAGGUGGAGAAAAGCGCGGAUGGUGCUGACAAACCGGAAGCGGAGAGCUGCAACUGCACCACCAAACCCUGCAACUGCUCCAAAUCUAACCUGGGCUUCUCCGAGCUCUACUCUACAGAUCUUCUCCCCGCUUUAAACGGCGACCUGAAGACGAUGACUUUCCUGCAGGAGGUCGUGGAUAUUUUGCUGGCGUACAUCGUGGAGUCUUUCGACAGGUCGACUAAAGUGAUUGAUUUUCAUUACCCCAACGAACUGCUGCAGAGGAACAACUGGGAGCUGUCGGAUGAACCCGAAACCCUGGAUGAUAUUCUGAUCAGCUGCCGCGCCACGCUCAAAUACGCCAUCAAAACAGCUCACCCCAGGUACUUCAACCAGCUCUCCACUGGAUUAGACAUGGUCGGCCUCGCCGCUGACUGGCUCACGUCCACCGCCAACACCAACAUGUUUACUUAUGAGGUGGCUCCUGUGUUUGUCCUGCUGGAAUACGUCACGCUGAAGAAGAUGAGAGAGAUCAUUGGUUGGGAAGAUGGCCGUGGAGAUGGCAUCUUCUCACCAGGUGGCGCCAUUUCCAACAUGUACGCCAUGUUGCUGGCCCGCUACAAGAUGUUUCCCGAAGUCAAAGAGAAAGGGAUGUCAUCAGUGCCCAAGCUGGUGGCCUUCACGUCCGAGCAUAGUCAUUUCUCGAUCAAGAAGGGAGCUGCAGCUCUUGGAAUAGGAACAGAGAGCGUGAUUUGUAUCAAAGCCGAUGAGCGGGGAAAGCUGAUCCCUUCUGACCUGGAGCGGAGGAUAGUGGAGGCCAAGCAGAAGGGUUAUGUACCAUUCUUUGUGAGUGCUACAGCCGGGACGACAGUGUACGGAGCAUUUGAUCCUCUGAUCGCCAUCUCGGACAUCUGUAAGAAGUAUAACGUUUGGAUGCAUGUGGAUGGCGCCUGGGGAGGGAGUCUGCUCAUGUCCCGGAAACACAGAUGGAAACUCAACGGCGUCGAGAGGGCGAACUCCAUGACGUGGAACCCUCAUAAGAUGAUGGCCGUGCCCCUGCAGUGCUCGGCUUUGCUCGUCAGAGAGGAGGGUUUGAUGCAGAGCUGUAACCAGAUGCAGGCGUGUUACCUGUUCCAGCAGGACAAACAAUACGACCUGAGCUACGACACCGGAGACAAGGCGCUGCAGUGUGGACGCCACGUUGACAUCUUCAAGCUCUGGCUCAUGUGGCGAGCUAAGGGCACUAUUGGCUUCGAGGCUCAGAUAGAUAAAUGUCUCGAGUUGUCUGAAUAUCUCUACAACAAGAUAAAGGACAGAGAAGGCUACGAGAUGGUGUUUGAUGGAAAGCCUCAACACACCAACGUGUGUUUCUGGUACCUCCCACCCGGCGUGCGCUACCUGGAAGACAAAGUGGAAAAGAUGAAGCGUCUACACAAGGUCGCUCCUACGAUCAAAGCUCGGAUGAUGGAGUACGGCACGACCAUGGUGAGCUACCAGCCGCAGGGAGACAAAGUCAACUUCUUCCGCAUGGUCAUCUCCAACCCGGCCGCCACCUUCGAGGACAUCGACUUCCUCAUCGAAGAGAUCGAGCGACUCGGACAGGACCUGUAACGCUUACGACAUCUCGAUGUACAAAAUAUUUGUUGUGAAUGUACGGUAAUUUUAUUGCCCCCCCCCUUCUUUAAAGUCUAAUAUAGCUGAAUAUAUUUAACGUCAAAAAGUCCGUAUUUAAGUAUCGUAGCACCACGUGUCGUGGACGUCUUGGUCCGAAGCCCUGUAGAAGUGUCCAUGUCCGCUCCUGUCUAUGUCAGCGUAAGCUUUACAUGUGUGGUGUGAGCGUGAAGAAUUAUUUGCUUCAAUCCUGUGCAAUAGGGCGUAACUUAUAGCGGACCAGAUAUUCUAAGUGCCAGUCGUCACUAUAGAUAUAUAAGAAGGAAGGACAUUUAUUUAAACGGAUGUAUGAGAGAGAAAAAGAGAGAGAGAGAGAGAGAGAGAGAGAGAGAGAGCACUUUGGCUUACCUCAGUAUUGCCUUUAUAUUCACAGGCAGCAUUUGAGUGUUGAUAAGUAGAGAAUACAGUAGAAAUGUAGUGUUUAAUUCCUGCUGGAGAACAACUCUUGUGUUAAUAUUAAACCUAGCACAGGACAUAAAGAAGCUUUAUCUAGAAUGGUUUUAGAGUAAACGGCUUUUAUCCAGAGAGAAAAAGAGUAAGCGGAGGAAGAUCUGAAGCAGGCUGAACCAAAAGGUCUUAACUAGAGCGGUAAUAAUGACGAAGCAGAACUUUGAGAGAAUCAUUUAUUCUGACCGGCAUAAAGCGUUUACUCCAGACUGAAUGGAUGAAUGAAUGAAUGAAUGAAUGAAUGAAUGAAUGAAUGAAUGAAUAACCCCCAUCUGAAUAGUACUUUACUGAUGUAAAUAUUUAUUAGACAGGCUGAGCAUAUCAGUGCAACGAAGCAGCUAAUGUUUGGAUUUAAAUUCUAAAAUCCGAGUUUUUUCAGCUAGAAAUCAAUUUUAUGCCUGGUCUUAGUGCAAAAUCAGUUUUGGACUCUUUGGUGCGACCGCCUUACAAGUUACAACCACAAGAAGUGGUUAGACGGUCAUAAGCCCUUUUGGUGCAGUCGGCUCCUGGAGAUCUUCUGCAGCCAUGUGUAAAAUAACUAAAGGCUACAAGGCUGAAAUGUCAACAAAGGAGACUUUAUAUCAAGAAAGAAGUGUGUGGAAAACUAAAAGAAGAGCUCAUAGUUGUACAAUGUCCUUGGGUACCCUAAAAGGCUUUUAUAAAAUGCUAUUAUUAUUAUUAUUAUUAUUAUUAUUACAACCGGAGUCUGUACCUGAGGCAGAGAGUGAAGUGAAGUUCUUUCUGACUAGAUGAUGUUGAUGUCUGUACUUCAUGUCUGAGAGUGUUUGUCUACAAAUGUUUGUCUGAAAGACACCAGAGGUGUUGAAUCCAGAGCAAAGCGCUUGUAUCCAGCGCACAAAAGACUUUUCUUUUGCGACCAAGAAGUAGACAGCAUUAAUCUUAAGUUAAAAUAGUUAGCAGGUUCUGACGAAGAGCCGAAAUGUUGGUGAAUAAUCCAGUAAGUGUAGAGUAGGUGUAAGUAUGUGAGGUCUGUAUCUUUAGCAGACAGCAACAAAUACCAAUAGAUCUUCACACACACACACACACACACACACACAUAUAUAUAUAUAUAGAUAAAUAUAUAUACGCAGGCGCAAAGCGAUGAAACAUUUCAUUCUUAUCGCAGGAUCAGUCAUCUGUUCCUGUGAAUAAUUCACUCUCACAUACAUAAGCAUAUAGUAUAUUGUAGUGAAUUAGUGUAUUAGUGAGUUUAAAUCAACCUAUAGUCAUGAAGCAAACUAUUAGCGAUAUUGCUAAGUACAUGCACCUAGACCAAAAACAAUAUCUGAAACAGUUUCAUAGUUUAACCUGGAAAUGUAUAUCAUUUAGUGAUAUCACUCAAAUAGAAUCAGAUAAGCUCAAUAAGAUUCAAGGUGUCAUGAGGACUCUGGAGAUUUCACUGCCACACCAGCAGAGGGUGCACUCAUCCGAGUACCAACUCUCACCAGAGUACUUCCCGUUUACUUCCUGGUCUUAGAGUAAAUAAGCAUUCAUUCAUUGCGAAGUCUUGCCAAAAAUGCACCGAAUUAAAAAAAUAAAUAAAUACUGGGAUAAGUGAGAGACUUUAAUAAUUUAGUAUGAAUAUCUAGUAUAUAGUAAUUUAGUUAUUUUGUUUGUUUAUUUAUAUAUUAUUGCUAAUGGUAUUAUUUAUUUAUUUAUUUAUUUUAUUUUUAAAAAAAAAAUUCCCCUGCCAAUCUGCUGCCCACACUCCAGUCCAGUAGGGGGUGCACCUUAAGUUGGUUUGCCAACCACCAUUAAAACAAGAAGAAGAAGAAGGCUUGCCAAUCCCAGUGUUUACUUAAGCUCCAGGACCGGUUAUUGCUGAUUACAUUUAUGUGUCCUCAACCGUUUUGUUUAUCGGACUUAUCCAUUGGUGGAUAGAUGGAUUGCGCUUUCACUUUGUUUUCUGUGAACUUUAUUAAGCCUCUAACGAAUGGAUCCUCGCUCUACAUCCGAGUCUCCAUUCUUUCAGAAGAUUUUGCCUACGACCAUCAAUCGACAGCAACCUCCCAAGGUCAGUUAUUGGGAACAACUAUGGAGGAAUUAAAUCAGAGUUUUCCGGGCCACCAUAAGAUGGAUCCACUAACCUGACACCAUACGUGUCUACUGCUAACCUGGAAGUCAACUCGCCCAAACCUCCACCAUUUCCCAUACACAAAGUUCAUCAAGAACUUUUGUUAAAAAAACAAAGCGAUGAUUCAAGGCACGUAAAGGAAAUUAGCAAAAACAAGGAUCUGAACUCGGGGAUUGGGAAGACUUCGCAAUAAAUGAAGGUCUACAAACUGCUUAGUUUCUAUAAAAAAUCAGGAAGUAACCAUCAAGUGGAUGGGUCUGGUGAGAGCGACCUCUGGUGGUGGGGAGGGAGGAGUAUCCAGUGUCCUUAAUCUCCGUAGCACUUAGUUUAACAUCUGUGAGUUUUCCAUUUCCCGUCCACUCCAGCGUUAGAAAUUCAACCAGUCAUAAAAAUAAAUAAAUAAAACAUUUAAUAAGGUUAUUCUUGGUCAUGAUCUGUAAAUGGACUUCUUGACUAAGCACAUAUCUAUGUGAAUACAUCCAUGUACUGUAUAUAAAAGAGUCUAUUUGUGAGGUAAAAUAUUAUUUUCUCUAUUCAAAAAUAACAUGUAAUUGUAAUACUAUAUAUAAUAUAUAUACUCAUUCUGCUUAUGUAUACAUGAUUUAUGUGUAUAGUUAUCUGUGAAGGAACAGGCUUUCGUUUAACUGCAUUUUUUUGUGCUACGAAAUACUAAUCUAAGAAGAAAAAAAAAAUGUUUUAGACUCCAAUGACGUGCAAUUCCAGCGAUUAUGGAAAGCCAUUUCUGAACCGAAGUCGGUUAUCUUUGUGCCCAAGUGAUCUACUUGACAUUAUGUGAAAAUAUGUCAUUUUUGUGCAUUUGUAACUGUAUUGCCUUAGUAUUUAUUGCCGGUAUUGUCUUGUUCUCUGCCUGGGGAACUUUGUGCACUUUAGAUUUCCUGUAAGUCCAGUGGAUGUUCAUAGUUUUGACCGUUUUUGAUGAAACUGUGAUUCGUCUGACCGUGUGCUUGUUUUUGGAUUUGGAUGAAAAGUCACGUGUGAUGUUUAAAUUUGCUUCGGGGUUUUUGCGUUCGUAGUUCGCUAAAACACAUUGUCGCUACCUAUCUGUAUCCUUAACAUGUACAACGAAUGAUUUUCCUCUUUUUUUUUUUUAUUUUCAUGGAGGCGUAUGUAAGGUCUGUCCUCGUUCUGAAUUAGCAAGCCGACCCUAAAUAAGUCGUUAAAAAAAAAGCCGUGGUGUCCUGGGCAUGUUCUUUAUGUUGUCUCUUUUAAAAAAAAAAAAUACAUAUAUAUAUAUAUAUAUCUUUUUUUGUUUUCUCCUCCUGCUGCUGCUGCUGCUGCUGUUGCUGCUACUAUCGGGCCUGCAAGUCUUUGCAUGUGCAUGAACGCUUUGCUUUUCCAAGCCUGUGGUGUACAAUAUUUACCCAAAUAUCUACUGUGUGAUAGUCUUAGUGCUGAAUGUAUAGCUUCGCUUUAAAUGUAGUGCUUUGUCGCUAGCUUGAUGGCUCCAUGUAGUAGUGUCGCUUCAAACAUAUUUAUCCGCUAAGCUAGCAUGCUCUGUGUGGCUAGAAACCGUCUGCUUCUUCUGCGAUCUAAUCUCUAUCUCUCUGUCUAUCGCUCUAUUGUCGUCUCUAAUGUUAGUCUGUGUAGAUCUCCAGCAUGCCUAUUUAUAUAUAUAUAUAUAUAUAUAUAUAUAUAUAUAUAUAUAUAUAUAUAUAUAUAUAUAUAUAUAUAUAUAUAAUAUAAAAUAUAUAUCUCUGUAGUCUUAAUCCUUUCCUCUAUUGCACUCUGUCUUCCUGUACCUCUUACUCUUUCUUGCUAAAGCUAUGCCCCUGCAAGCAGCAUUCAGACCUUUAAGGGCAGUGCGCACUCGCUCUUUAGCAGCUCGGUGCCCGAGGAACAACAGCUAGACCUUACAUGAGCUUUAUCUUCAUCCGACCGGACAGGCUCAACAUCGUUUUAUUGGUUAAAGCUAAUGUGCGUGUCUGAUUUGAAUUCAGAGGACGUUUGUAAACCAGUGUGUCAAAACGGAUUAUAAUACAGCCUCCAGUUUUCUUGAAAAUUUACUGUAUGUGACUGGGAAAUCACGAAUAAAUAUUCUUGUGGAAACAU